AUGGAAACAAUCAUCAUACAUGAGAUCCUUCAUUUUCUCCGGACACCGGAAGCUAAGAAAUAUUGUUCAAUGGCGCUUAAAACGGACAUGAGUAAAGCUUAUGACCAUAUUGAAUGGGGUUUCCUCCAAGCAGUCCUAAAAAAGCUUGGUUUUAGUGACAAAUGGAUAUCCUGGAUCCUUACUUGUGUUAGCUCGGUAUCAUAUUCCUUCCUUAUCAAUGGGACACCGCAAGGCUUAGUUACUCCAUCUCGCGGACUGCGUCAAGGAGAACCUCUCUCCUCAUAUCUCUUCAUUCUCUGUACCGAGGUCCUCUCCGGUUUAUGCGUCCAGGCUCAAAACCAAGGUUUACUCCCCGACAUCAAAGUCUGUAGAGCAAGUCCCUCGAUUAACCACCUUCUAAUUGUGGACGAUACCAUGUUCUUUUGCAAAUCAAAUGAUGUGUGCUGCAGAAACCUGUUAAAGAUUUUGAAUACGUACGAAAAGGCUUUGGGGCAAUGCAUUAACCUCAAUAAGUCUACAAUUACCUUCUCCUCAAAGACGUCAGCUCACACCAAGGUCCGUGUUAGGUCUACUCUUAAUAAUUCACAAGAGGGAGGCUUCGAAAAUUAUCUAGGGCUCCCAGAGAACUUUGGUCACAAGAAAACAAGUGCUCUCAGCUGGUCCUCUCGAUGUUUAUCUGGAGCAGGAAAACAAGUACUCCUCCAAACCGUGCUCACUGCCCUCCAUGUUUAUUCUAUGUCCUGCUUUAAGCUCCCUGUCUUGCUUUGGAAACAAAUUCAAUCCGUCUUUACCCAUUUCUGGUGGGAUGACAAACCUGAUAAGAAGAAAAUGUGCUGGGUGGCGUGGGAUUCUCUUAUAGAAUCCAAAUAUGCAGGAGGCUUAGGUUUUCGUGAUGUGGAACAGUUUAACGAUGCCCUACUUGCCAAAAUAGGAUGGAGGUUAAUCAAAGAAACAUAG